AUGAGUCAAUUAGAAACAUUAAUUAAAAAACGAGGCAUUAUUAAGGGAAAGCUUACGAAUUUUACUAAAUUUGUCGCGAAAUUUGAAAUUACUAUACGAGAUACAGGCGUUGAUCAUGACUUGUCUGUUGAGUUGGAACAACGUUACGAUAGGGCCUCUAACUUUAUUGAUGAGUUCGAGGCAAUUCAGGGGGAGAUUGAAUUAUUAUGCGUUGAUGGCGAAGCGCAAUCCGCGGAAAGAGAAUCGUUUGAAGCGGCAUUUUACUCCAACUUCUCGAAAGCUAAGCGUAUGCUUUCUAAUAGAACUAUUUGCACUGAUUCUUCAUUCGUUGUCGGCCCCGCACCAGAACAGAAUGUACGUUUCCCGGUUAUAGACCUACCAAAAUUUGAUGGCAAUUACAAUAUGUGGUUAGAGUUUCGCGAAAUAUUCGAGUCGCUAAUACACGAAAAUGCGGCAAUUAAUGGCGUACAAAAAUUCCAUUAUUUAUUAUCUGCGUUAAAGAGCGAUGCUCGCCAAGUAAUAUCAAGUCUAGAAAUUACAAAUGCCAAUUAUGACGUCGCGUGGGGUUUAAUUCGUGCCCGUUUCGAUAAUCCACGAGUACUCAUUCAAAACCAUGUACAAUUCUUAUUUGAAACGGAAAAGGUAAACGAAAAUUCUCAGUCUAUCCGAAAAUUCAUAGAUCACAUUCGAAAACAUAUGAGGGCGUUGGCAUCAUUGAAUGAGCCCACAAAUAAUUGGGACACGUUGUUGAUCUACCUCGCGACAACAAAAUUAGAUCCCAACUCUAAUAGAGAGUGGGAACAACGCAAGGCAACAAUAAAGGAUCCGAAACUAACCGAUUUAUUCGAUGUCUUAAGGGCACGCGCGGAUCUAUUAGAUACGCUUAAUCGAGGAUCUAAUCAACGGUCGUUAGAGCGGCUAAAAUCAAACCGCGAAAAAUCAUUUUUAGUAGCUAGACAAUCAAACAUAAAAAAUUGUACAUACUGCAAGGGUGAUCAUUAUAUACAAGAGUGCUCCACUUUCGGGAAACUUGCCGUUCAGGGUCGGAUCGAACAAGUUAAAAGGAUGAAAUUAUGUCUAAAUUGUCUCCGAUCAGGUCAUUUCCUUAAUCAAUGCCGGUCAAGUUCAUGCAAGGUUUGCAAGGCGCGACAUCACACUCUUUUACAUUUGGAGAACAAUCGUUCGGGUUCCCCAACACAAGCAUCAACAUCUAAUGUCAGUCUCACGUCUCAAACUCUCACACAUUCUAACGUCUUACUCUCAACAGUCAUAAUGCAUUCAUUUGAUAAAUACAACAAAAAACAUUCUCUUCGCGCACUUCUCGAUCCGGGCAGUCAAAGCAGCUUUAUUACAACAGAAGCUCGGCGAAAGUUGUCAUUAGCUGAAACUGAAAUAAAUGUUAACGUAGAGAGUAUUAAUAAAAAUCAAUUAACGAUUAGCGGUUCAUGUUCAUUUAAAAUUCAUUCAAAUUGUUCAGAUUUCUCUUUAAGAGUUGAUUGUCUAAUAAUUGAUGGCAUCGCAAACAAUUUACCAAACUUUAUAGUAGAUGCGAAUGCUUUGAACAUUCCCGGUAACCUUCGCUUGGCGGAUCCCUCCUUCAAUCAACCCGGCAAGAUAGACAUGUUAUUAGGAGCAGAUUAUUUUUGGCAAAUAUUACGUGUCGGGCAGGUUAAACUAAACAGCGGACCGAUCAUGCAGAAUACCAGGUUGGGCUGGAUAAUUUCAGGCCCGGUAGCUACUAUCGCGUCACAUUUAACUUAUUCCGUGUUUUAUAAUCAAACAAAUAGCGAUCAUAUCGUAGAAUUAAAUAAACAAUUAGAACGUUUCUGGAAGAUUGAAACAGUGGAAGGUCCACCUCCUCAGUCAAAAAAUAAUGUAUUAUGCGAAGAGCAUUUUCAAAAAACUACACAGCGUGCAGUUGAUGGCAAGUUCAUAGUAAAAAUUCCCUUCAAAGACGACAUCAAUAAAUUAGGAGAAUCGUUCAAAUGCGCGGUAAAUAGAUUUUUUAGUAUGGAGCGAAAGUUCAAAAAAUUCCCUGAAUUCGGAAAACAAUAUAAAGAAUUUAUGCAGGAAUAUCGGCAGUUAGGUCACAUGCGUAAGAUAGUUAAUCCAACAAUAGCGAGCCCCUGUUAUUACUUACCACAUCAUGGCGUUAUUAACGAGAAUAGCACAACAACUAGAUUACGGGUGGUGUUUGACGCUUCUUGUCCAACUACCACGGGAUACUCGUUUAAUGAUAUCCAAAUGGUUGGACCCACAAUACAGCUCGACCUAUUCAGCGCGCUCAUAAGAUAUCGAAAGUACACGUACGUAAUAGCCGCGGACAUCAGAAAAAUGUAUCGUGCAUGCUUAAUGAAUUCGGAGCAAACAUCGCUGCAACGUAUUCUAUGGCGUGAUUCUGAAGAAUUGCCUAUUGACACUUACGAACUGUUAACCGUAACGUACGGCACGGCAUCCGCGAGCUACCUAGCAACACGGUGCCUAAAGCAACUGAGCAUUGAAUGCUCAGAUCNGCAAAUAUUCGUAGGUAAUCGUGUCACAAAAAUAUUGGAGAGAACAAAUUCAAAUGAAUGGAGAUACGUCUCUACAAAAGACAACCCGGCCGAUCCUAUUUCGCGCGGGGUUAAUGUUCGGGAAUUAUCAAAUUUAGAAAAGUAUUGGUUGGGACCGGCUUGGUUAAUACAAAACGAAAACAUGUGGCCUGUUCGGAAAUUUCAGACAGAAAAUCUUCCUGAAAAAAGAGUUGUAUUAAAUUUAACCACUAAUAUCAAUCAGUUAAUUCCAUUUUCAAAGUUUUCGUCUUUAAUAAAGUUACAAAGAAUUGUUGCCUUCGUAUUCAGAUUCAAAAAUAAUUGUAAAGGAAAAUUAAGACUUAAAGGUCCUCUAAAUGCUGAUGAGUUAAGAGUUGCUUUGGAAUAUUUAGUUAGAUGUAGUCAAAGGGAAACAUUUCCUGAAGAAUUACAAUUAUUAGAGCGAUAA